UAUGGUUUUAUUAGAUUAAAAAUUAAAUCAAUGACAUAUCCAUAUAUACACAAAACACCCACACAAUUUUGAAGUAAAACCCUUAAAAAUUUCAAAUAAUUCGAAUUAUGGCCGUUUCAAGUAAUUCAACAUCACCAGUUAAAACUCGUAAACAAUGGACUUUACAUGAUGGUCCGAGAGGAUCUUUACAACGAUUACGAAAUCAAUUGGCUGAAGAUGGAUGUCCAGAAUCUCAAGUGAUUUUAGCUAAACAAUUAUUAAAUGAACAAUGCGAAUUAGAUGUGGAUCGAGCAGAAAAUGCUCGAAUUGCCGUGUAUUGGUUAAUAAAAUCCUCGGAGCAAGGGAAUAAAGAAGCCACAGAAUUGUUAAUACAAUGUUACAAGACAUGUAUUGGAAUCAAUGAACAUAAUUAUAUAGAUGUCAAUCGAUGUAUUAAUAUGCCAUUAAAUGAAAAAUUAUGUCGAAAAGCUGCACGGGAUUUAUUUAUUAGUUUAUCAAACGGUGAAGAAUUUAUCACAACAAAUCAAUUAAAAAAUCGGAUAUUAGAAUUAUAUCGAAAUCAAAAAGAUAAAACUACAGCUUCAACAUCGACAAGUAAUAGAUUUCGACAAAUUGAAUGGCCAACAAAAAUUGAAAAAAAUAAUAAAAAAUUAACCGAAGAAAAUUUGAUUCGAGCCGCUAUUCAAUAUUCAAAUGGAGAUCUACCAGAUAUUAAUCAUUCGUUAUCAUUAUAUCAAUUAACAACAAUCAAUAAUAAUAAUAACAACACAGACGGUGAAGAUGCCAGUGAUCAAAUCGAACCAGAACAAUUAAAAACAAUGAUAUCCUACAGUAAAUACAUGAACGAAUGCGGCUACCACAAACAAAUCGAUCCAAAUGAAGAGAGUUUAGUAUCGAAACAAAUCAAAUGUUUAGAAUACGAUGGAGAAGAAAUUUUAUGGAAUGGUUCAAUUGAAUUAAUCAAAAAAUAA